UGAGUAAUCUGUAGGCAAUGUCUAGAUUCUAAUCCCUUGGGAAAAGGGGAAAAGCAGUGAUUAAUGUUCAAACUUUUUGUUUUAUUGCAGCCACUGUACUUCUAACAGCCUUCUUUAACAAGUUGAGCCAAAUAAAGAGAGAGAGGGAGAAAGUUUCAUUUCUUCUUAAUGGGAUUUUUUUUUUUUCAGCUUCUUGCUCUUCUCUGUAACUUAUUUGCUCUCCUCUUCUGAGCUUUAAUGGCAAAACUAAAAGCAGUCUGCCAUUUCCCUCUUCUUCUCUUCUUGUUUCUGUUUUCUUCUUUUCAUCUUUCAACUCAGCUUCCACUUUCUCAAUCCCAAUCUCUUCUUCAAAUCCAACAACUUUUAAACUACCCUCAAGCUCUAUCCAGCUUUAACACUGUCACAGACUUCUGUAACAUUGAAUCCACUCCGUUUCUUACAAUAGUGUGCUAUGAAGAUAACAUAACCCAGCUCCACAUUGUUGGUGAUGUUCUCCAACAUCCCUCUUCAUUUCCUCUCAAUACUUCCAUUGAUUCUUUGUUUUCCACAUUUUCCCAUUUCCCCAACUUGAAAGUGCUUUCUCUGGUUUCUUUAGGUCUUGAGGGUCCAUUGCCUCCAUCUGUUGCUAACCUUCUGUCACUAGAAAUACUAAACUUAUCCUCAAAUUCCUUAUAUGGCUCCAUCCCUCACCAACUUUCUUCUUCCAAAACCCUUCAGUUUAUCAAUCUUGACGGCAAUUGUUUCUCUGGUAACAUUCCUGGUUGGAUUGGUUCCCUGCCAUUCUUGACUACUCUGAGUUUACGGAACAAUUCCUUUAAUGGGUCCUUACCAGAUUCCAUUUCACAUAUGUGGAGUCUAAGAAUUCUUUCUCUCUCAAGAAACUCUCUUUCUGGGAAUGUCCCAGACCUCAGUAACUUGACCAACUUGCAAGUUCUUGAGUUGGGAAACAAUCUUUUGGGACCCCAUUUUCCUAAAUUACCAAAGAGAUUAAGUGUACUUGAGCUAAAAAAUAACCGAUUUCGCUCAAGUAUUCCACCUGAGUUAGGCUCGUUAUAUCGUCUUGAAAAGCUGGACUUAUCUUCCAAUAAACUUGUUGGACCUUUUCAGGCAUCACUUCUGGGACUUCCUUCCAUUAAAUAUCUGAAUAUUGGGGGAAAUAGAUUAACUGGACUCCUUUUACAGAACAUAUCAUGCAAUAGUGAUCUUACUUUUGCAAAUUUAUCCUCAAAUCUUUUGACAGGAGACUUGCCUGCCUGUCUUCAGGAAUUGAAGUACAAGAAUGGUGAUAUCAUUUAUGGUGGAAAUUGCUUGUCCAAUCAAGACCAAAAACAGCACCCUUUGAACUUCUGUCACAAUGAAGCUUUGGCAGUGAGUAUUAGGCCUCGUAAUCUGGAGCAUAGGAAACUUCGUCCUGAGGUAAAGACUUUCUUGAGAAUUUUUGGAGGAAGUGUUGCUGGAGUUGUAGUUCUGGCUCUGGUGUUCUUAACGAUGAGAAGGACAUACAGAAUAGGAGUUGUUAAAGAACCUUCAACAAGGUUUAUAACAGAGAAUCCAUCUGUAGCAGACACAGCCAAGCAGCUGUAUGAUGCCAAAUAUAUAUCUCAGACAAUGAAGCUGGGAACUAGUAUUCCUCCUUAUCGAACUUUCACUUUGGAUGAACUUAAAGAGGCUACCAACAAUUUUGAUGUUUCAACUUUGAUAACUGAAAGUCUGGACGGCCAGAUAUUCAAAGGGGUGUUCACAGAUGGCAAUGUUGUAGCAAUUCGGAGCUUAACUUUGAAAAGGCGGCAAACCCCUCAAACCUACACACAUCAGUUGGAGUUAAUAUCUAAACUACGACAUAUCCAUUUGAUCAGUGCUCUUGGACACUGUUAUGAGUUCCUACCAGACGGCUUAACCAUCAGCAAAGUGUUCCUUAUCUUCGAGUACUAUCCGUAUGGGACAUUAAGAAGCCAUGUAUCUGGGCUACAGGGGCGAAAGCUUUCUUGGACGAAAAGGAUAUCGGCUGCAAUCGAAAUGGUGAAGGGAAUUCAGUUCCUGCACACAGGAAUUGUGCCUGGUGUAUGGUCAAACAAUUUGAAGAUUACAGAUAUUUUACUUGAUCAAGAUCUCCAUGUGAAAAUCAGCUGUUAUAAUUUACCUAUAGUAGUUGAACAUGGUGGAAUGAUGAUUUCAGGAGUUUCAUCUACUGGUACAAAAGGGAAGCGCCAUGCUAUAGGAGUAAAUGACAAAGAUAAGAACGAUGUGUAUGACAUAGGAGCCAUUUUAUUGGAAGUCAUCUUGGGAAGACAAAUCACAUCCCAAAACGAAGUUCAUGUUUCAAGAGAUCUUUUGCAGGUAAGCCUAAAAACUGACGAGAUAGCUCGAAAGAGCAUUGUGGAUCCAGCAAUACACAAGGGAUGCUCCGAUGAUUCGUUAAAGACGAUGAUGGAAAUAUGUGUAAGAUGCCUACAUGAGAAGGCAAAAGAUAGACCCUCAGUAGAAGAUAUUCUUUGGAAUCUGCAUUUUGCAGGACAAGUUCAAGAUUCAAGCAGAGAGGCACCUGCAUCACCCUCACCAUCACCAUCACCAUCACCAUUCUUACAAAUGCCUUAGAAGGAAAAUGGUACACUUAUAUAUUCUCAAACUUCUCAUUUCUUGAACAAAACAACUUGUAAAGCAUCUCAUCAAAUUUAUUUCCUAAAGUCCAAUAUGUUUAUUUCAUUAGGGAACAAUUGUAGUUUGCUCAAAUUUUAGAGUACAUCAUGUUAUCGAGCCUCUUGACCAUUUGAAUUAUUGAAGUGAAGUUUGAACAACUUCAACAAAAUGCUAA